CUUGUCGUUGAAAUCUCCCUAGAAAACUCUUUCUUCAGUAGCACCUUUUCUCUUCCAACUCGUUGCUUGCAAUGGACUAAAUGCUCUCGUGCAUAAGUAUUCUCAUAAACCUUUCUCUUUCCAUCAAAAAUGGAUUUUGGGGUGAUUACACACCAAGACCCCUCUCCAAAGCCUGCUGGUCCAGAUUCAACUGAACCCAGCAAUGGCAAACGCCAUGGAUCUGGAAAUCUGAAGCAAGACAGAUCAGAAAAUGCAGAGGAUACCCGCAAGGAAUCAAAAAUCGCUAGAACUACUUUUGGAAUAUUCGAUCUAUGGCCAUCAGGGUGUGAUGAUGGCCAGAAAAUGCUUUCAUUUUCUUCUGCUGAUCUGCAUUCCAAUGGUAGAAAUGACACAAAAUAUUACAGCAGAACAGGAGGAGAGUUGAAUGUAGGUAUGCAUGGCUCUGUUGCUAGAUUCAGGGGACCAUUUACUCCCGCUCAAUGGAUGGAGCUGGAACACCAGGCAUUGAUCUAUAAACACAUGUUGGCAAAUGUUCCGGUUCCUUACAACUUAAUUAUGCCUCUCCUAAGAUCCCUCUACCCAUAUGCUACAUCUGGAUCUUAUGCCUCAAAUAGUUUGGGAUGGGGUCCUCUCCAUUUAGGUUUCUCUGGCAGCAACGAUCCUGAGCCUGGGAGGUGUCGGAGGACGGAUGGAAAGAAGUGGCGGUGCUCGAAAGAUGCUGUUCCUGAUCAGAAGUACUGUGAAAGGCACAUCAAUAGAGGCCGCAACCGUUCAAGAAAGCCUGUGGAAGGCCUGAAAGGCCACGCUGUCUCUGGAUCCACUACAAAUGUGGCACCGAUUGCUUCCUCCUCAUCAGCAUCGGUGAUGUCCAGCAGCAUUGUAUCUAACAAUCUUGGAUCCAUGCCAAACCGACUCAAUUCCUUCGAGUCAUACACUGCCAAGGCUUCCAACAACUACCUUGUUAACAGUGACAACAAACAUGCAUACGGCAGAACUCAAAAAUUCCAAAGCCUCACGUUGACACCCACCUCUAUCAAUCCGAAGCCUAAAGAAGCGCCAUUUUCCUUUCAAAAGCAGCAUGCUCCAUUUGAAGAAUUUUCUCACUUGGAGUUUGGAGUGAACUCUGAUUCCCGAGUCAAUCCUUCAACAAAAUUUUCUUAUGUGAAUACUACAAAUCCUAAUUCUUUCCUGGAUCUAGAAUCGAAUGACCAAAAUCUGGUAAGCCAAUUUAUUGACUCAACAGACCGAUCUGAUCUUACCUCUGUCUCAUGGCCUAAAAAACUGAAAUCAGAUUGGACCCAGCUUUCAAUUUCGCCAAUGGCUCCUCCAGAUUUUUCUCUACCCCCAAAUUCUCCUCCACAGUCAAAGGCUACCAUCAUGCCUUUACUACUAUCUCCUGAGCUGGACCCAGUUCAGAUGAGCUUGGGCAUUAAUACUAUUGAUGAAUCAAAUCAUAAGCAAUCGACUUGGUUACCAGUUUCUUGGGGAAUCUCAAUGGGCGGUCCAUUAGGGGAGGUCUUGACCAGCACAUCAACUAACGCAGGAGUAGGCAAUAAUUCGACCGUUUUGAACCUCAUGACUGAAGCCGGGUAAAGUAGCCCUCAGCGGGAUCUUCCCUGACACGAGUCUUGCAGAUGUCGACUUUUGUCUUGUUUUAGUAGGCUAGUUGAAGGUAUUGGUGGAGAUGUUUUCUUUAGUUUCUUUCAUCCGUCUGUGCAAGUGUUCUUAGUGCAGAAACCUAAUCAAACUUGAAGCUGAACUCAAUGCUGGUUCACUGUUCACAAUCAUCAGUCAUCUGUGUUCUAUAAUUUACCUUAUCGAGUAACAUUUUGUGUCAUUUUAACCUUGAUCGGAAGUCUUAGUCAUUUGCCAA